GAGACCCCGUUCAAUUUCAAUCUGUCUUCUGGAUGCAAUUAGCAAGGAACUCGCACUCUUCGACUUCUUCAACUGUCUUUUUUGUGUUUUUGCACACACCUCACUCGCUCACUAACAUAAUAGCACUAAUUCUGUAAAGGCUCUGUCCACUACAACUGGUUCCCGAUAUCACGCACUCACCAAAAUCGGACCACAGACCUUCACCUAUACCAACUAAUAACAGUCCCUACACUCGUUGCCCUCUAGGCUGCCACUCUCUAAUUCAGCUCACCAUUUGAAGCUAUCCACUCACUCAACCACUACACUACCCACGUCUAUCCCGGAGACCUGACGAUCACCACCUUGACAUAUCGACACCACUUCACAAUGGCGUACAACCAGCAACAGCAACAGCAGUCCCGCUACGGCAACUGCGACUCGUACUUUGUCGAGUCACAUGACGAUGGUGUCUAUGCCAUGCGAGCCGAGGCUAGAGAAAGGCACCGAGCCGUAUCCAAGAUGCAACAACGAGCCAUCGCUGAAGAGCUUUCUAGGCUAACAGCCGAUGAAUACCAAGAGGAUAUCAUGCAACACAUGAUGCACAUGGAAUCCCAGACCCUCCCCGAUGUCAACUCUAUCGACAUUCAGACUGAGAUCCAGUGGUUUAUGCGCCCAUAUCUCCUUGAUUUCCUGGUAGAAGCUCACGCUGCAUUUCAGCUCCUCCCCGAGACUCUGUUCCUUGCCGUCAACCUUCUCGAUCGCUACUGCUCCCGUCGUGUCGUCUACAAGCGCCACUACCAACUCGUCGGAUGUGCUGCCCUCCUCAUUGCUGCUAAGUACGGCGACAAGAAAGAUCGUGUGCCUACUGUACGGGAACUCAAGUCCAUGUGCUGCUCUUUGUAUGACGAUGAGAUGUUCACCCAGAUGGAGUGGCACGUGCUACAGACUCUCAACUGGAUGAUUGGACACACCACAGUUGAUGCAUUCCUCCAGAUUGCGCUAUCCGAGGCCCCAUACGAUGCCGAGGUUGAGCACAUGACGCUUUACAUUGCUGAGAUUGCACUUUUCCACAAGGAGUUUGUUUCCACGCGCCCAUCCGUCCUCGCACGAUCUGCUCUCGCUCUCGCGAGGUGUGUCCUUUCGCGACCGCAAGCACGCAACACCGACUGGUCUGGCGCCUACGACCCGCAAACCGUGAUUGGCUUGUCCAACCACCUGUACCAGCCAUCUCCUGUGCUCUCUCGCAAGUAUGCUUCCAUGCAUCUGUCAGCCGUGUCUGCUACUGUCGACGAGUUCCUUCAGCGACAAGCACAGAUCGCGCGCCGACAAGCAGCUCCGCCAACACCGCCACCCACAGUAGUCAUCGACGAGCCCAAGCCUGCCUCGGAACCGUUUGGUCCUCAAACACCUAACAAGAACCCAUACGCCUCUGUUAUGCAGAAUGGAUGCCCUACCCCGCCAAUCACACCUGAAGGCGAGCAGUUCACGUAUGGUCACGUUGUCAAGUCGCAGCCUGCUUCCCUGUAUCCCACCACACCUACAUCGGAGCAUGCGCCACCGCAACAUCAGGGUCAAUACUUCCACAACCAGUAUCUCCACCCCCAGCACAUGUAAGCAAUUACUUGGGCCAGGUAGUGGCUGGUCAUCUUCUCUGUCAAAAGAACUCCCACCCUCUUUGGCCGUCUCGUUAUUGUCCAAGAGGGUUGCGUUGUACCAAAAACACUCGUACAUGUGCCUCAUUGCACGGUAAUCCUUUCUAGCAUCUCCAAGCGUUUGUUCCCUGUUAU